AUGGCGGAACUGAUCAUAGCGUUAAUUGUGACACUCGGUGCUGGGGCCCUCGUUGCUGGCGAGAAGUCAGAGAACGCACCACCACCGAGCAUGGAGACUCUCAGCAGCAGUGGUAUGUGCCAAAGAAUAAGCAGUUGCACGUUUCUAGAUGGAUCUUGGGCUUCAGAAGUGCGGGAACGGAGCGUCGCCAGUGGUGUAGCUCUGUCAACACUAUCAGCGAACAUGGGGCUCAAAAAGCGCCUGAAUGCUGAUACGAGUGGCUUACCGGUACUGCCAACACCUGCUGCCAAUCCUUCCCUUCUACCGGAGCCUUAUAAGUAUCCGACAGUUUCAUCUUCGGAGCCUAUUUUGCUUCCGGAAGAGCUCGUUCAACGAGAUGAGGCCCGGCAGCCGGAAAGCGAGGGCCCUCAGGCUACUUUCAUCAAAAUGACCCCACGUGCUACAAUAUCGCAUGUAUACAAAUUAUAUGUCGUUUCCGACUGCAAAUACGGUCGGUGUUACUUUCGGCCGGUGACUGUUUAUAUCCAACCAACGAACUGGUUUGUGAACCCAAGCGAAGCCUCAUUGGACUCAUUGACAACGGCCCUCAAGAAGCACGUUUUCAACCUUAUUAGUGCGCAAAAGAAGGCAGCUACAGCCCACAAAGGUUUACUCAUGCGUUCCACUAAGGCGUGGUUCUCCCUCGUACGAUCCCGCCUAACAGCAGAUUUCGGAUCUCUUUGCUUCAUGCACCCCAUCACCCGUAGGGGCACACAACUUAGUGGAACACUCCAGUUGCAGAGGAUUCAUGGAAAUGCAAAGCUGAGUCAGCUAAUUGAGUGCAAACAGAUUGAUCAGGGCAGUUCGUCUACAAAACCCACCUUUCCGCUUGAAGCAGCCUCCGUGGGGCCUACGGUACCUACCGAUAGAGGCCACGAGCAAGCAUCCGAGCAGGAAGCACAAAACAUUUUUGGCCUCUGCAGAAUGCCGAGAAAUAACUUGUUACGGCGCUUGACCGAAAAGAAGUUUGUGCUGUGCUCAGUCGUACUGAGAAGGGGCAAGCAUACAGUGGACAGCUGCAGGGAUUUACCGGUCGAUGAUAUCCACAUAAUGCAGGCAGUUGACCGGAUCCACCGAAGGUUAAAUGAUCCUUCCUUGCCUAUGCUUAGAUACGUCCCACCAACUCUUCCACAAGAGAGUGAGGAGGCAUCUUAUGACGACUGUGCAAACCACAUUUCACAGAAGCUGAACGAGCUUGAAAAUUUGCAUUCUCUAGAACUUUGGCACAUGGCCGAAAGCAGCAAGCCCAUUAAUUCAGAGCUACUGCUAAGAUCUAUGGUCAAGUUUGCGCACUUCGCCCUGAGGGAUAUCGCACCAGUGAAGGCCAUUGAGUACCGUGGUUCUCUCUUGAAGCUGGCAAACAAGUGGAGUCGGACAACAGAGCUCAUCAGAGAAUUUAAUCAGGCUAUCCUGACCUGCUCUACGGCAAUGUUGCCACCCAUCUACUUCCCUCAAUACAGAAGUAGAGCCCUUGAUAUGGUCAGGAACCCCUUAAAUGACCUCCUCUCCCAACUUCGAACAAUUCUAGCACUUGCUAUCCCGCCCAUCCACAGGCUUCUGAUUGGCGGAGCCUUUGUGUUCUCUUGGACUCUGAACGACCGAAGAUUACCGGAGGAGGCUGGGCAGAAAGACGUUUCAGACUUUGGUACUGUUGAACAUUACGUACAGCAGAUGGUGGGAACCUCAGAGAAAAUAUUGGGGAUCGCACUUGAUCCCCAGGUAAAGUGGGUACUCGUAAGGACUCUUCUGGUUGUUCCCUUCUGGCUAUUUUCAUUUGGAAGCCACUGCGGCCCACCAGAUAAGCGAGCAGCCUUUAACCUUGGAUAUGGGCUCUGCUAUCAAAGACACAGAGCUAUAUUUUAUCAUUCCUUGUUUCGUUUUCAGUUCGUUGAAGAAGCUUUGGCACAGGUAGUGGGGAGUCCCGGGAUAGGGGAACAGGACAGGCGAUCUAUUUCUUUGUGGCUGAAGGGUCUAGAGCUCAGGACACUGCCAGAGAAGGCGGGAAAGCACGCAAAUGUCUUCCUACACCAGCAAAUACAAGAUUUGGUCCUUCAGUGGCCUCACAGCUUCCAAAUGGAAAAAGGUAAAGUUUUUAAGGUUUUUCCACCACAAACUGCCUUGGUCUCAGUCACUUUGGAGCCAUUGGCCGCGUCGAAGGCCGCAGGACGCUGA